GAAAGCGCAUAAACCACUCAUUUCGAGAGUUGAAAAAAAAGAAACACCCGUGGAAAAGAACUGCUUUCUAAAGUUGUUUUUGUUGCUGUCCGGCGAAAAGUUAGUGUUCAGUUACUGUUUAUCUGUUCAAUAGAAGAGUCGCUAUGUCAAGCUUCGUAGACGUGAAGAAUGUUGAGCCAACUUACUUUGAAGAACAACACUAUGACGAAUAUGAAUACUAUAACCUUUCAGAAAAAUACACAUGUGGCGCUAGCCGCAAGGGGCGGUCAAAGAAGGAAGCCAGCGACAAUACCAACCGACCCAACCCCGGAGGCCACGAGCGCAAGCUCGUAGAGAAACUUCAGAACACUGAAAAGAAAGCCAAGGCGUGAGUAAAUGGAGGACAAAUCGGACGGCUAACCCUGGCAACCGACCAUGGCCGCUUUGGCGACAAAACCAAAUGGGCAGGCAGACGGUGAACUCUGCUGUAGAGGGAGGUGAAUAUGAGGACGGGUCACAUGCUGCCAACGAGUUUGACUGUAGCUUCAGUGAAGGGAGAUUUCAGUCCUCUCCUUCAUAGAACUGAUGGUACGGUCGGUGGUAGUGGCCCCCAUAUUGGUUGUUCACCUCAUUCAUAGGUAGAUCUCUGCUGAAGGUGAUGUAGACUACUUGUGCAAGCGGCUUCUGAACGACCUUCCCACGCAAGUGGAGAGUAAAUGGGGGUGUUGGCAGGCUGCAUCGCUUUUCAGUAUCAAUGUGGUAUUGUUUUUAAGUCUUAAUUGACGAUGCUUAAUGUUUUUAUAAACCAAAGAGGUUCUGAAAAUGUAUUGAUUUUUUAAGUGUAUUGAAAAUAAAUGCUUUCAUAAAAUAUAUUAAAAGUCUUGGUGUAAAGUGGUA